AUUUGUGUACUUUGCGCAUCGGACGACGAUCGCAACAAAAAAGUAUUCGAUUAGGUGAAAAAAUAUAUUUACAUAAAUAUUAGUUUGCUUCUUCUGAUUGUUAUCGAAAACAAGCCCAAUUUGUGUGAAUUGAAACAAAUUGUGUUCUAUAUUUUCAAAUAAAGUUAAAAACUAAUUCAAACCGAGUGCUAGCAAUCGUGUCCCCUACAUUCUAUUGAACAACCGUCAGGAAUUGAAGGAAAAGUAUGAUGAGUUCAUCACACUGGGAGGACUUUUACGCGACUCAUUUGCCUCCCAACUGUUUCGAGGACAAUCGCUCAUUAUUGAAAGAAUUCUGCGAUCGGCACUACAAAUUGAAGAGUAACAUCGUGCUUAUUACGUCUGGUGGAACCACUGUGCCAUUAGAGCACAAUACCGUUCGUUUCGUUGACAAUUUCAGUGCAGGAAAUCGUGGUUCCGCUUCAGCUGAGUAUUUUUUAGAACACGGAUACGCUGUGAUUUUUAUGUAUCGCACAAAAUCACUGGAACCAUUUUCGAGGCAUUUUACUGGACAGCAAUUACUAGAUAUGUUGGAACUACAUGAAGAAGGAAUGAGCACUACUAUUACCGUAAAACCCGAUUCUGUGGAUGUUCUUGCUCCGAUAUUGGAUAAAUACAAGAAUGCACAAGAAACGAAUCGAAUGCUUUAUAUCACCUUCACCAGCGUAGUUGACUACAUGUGGCUGUUGCGAGCUGCCUGUGAGUGCUUGGCUGCAUUUGAACGGGAUGCAGUUCUUUAUCUGGCAGCCGCUGUGUCUGAUUUUUACGUUCCUCAGGAUGAAAUGCCAACUCAUAAGAUGCAGUCUGGACAAGGGGCACCAACAAUUUCAUUGCAGCUUGUACCAAAAAUGUUGGCACCGCUUGUAAGUCUAUGGGUUCCAUUGGCCUACGUAGUAUCAUUCAAGCUUGAAACAGAUGAAAGCCUCCUGAUUGCCAAAUCCCGCGAAAGUCUGAACAAAUACAAACACAAGCUAGUGAUUGCGAAUAUCCUACAGACGCGUAAGAAUCGGGUAGUGUUUGUGACGUCUACUAAAGCGUAUGAUGUUUUACUAUCAAAGGAACAAGCCCACAAGGGGCAGGAAAUUGAGGAACAAAUUGUGGCGGAUGUUGUCGAUCGUCAUCAGGAAUUUGUUAGAGAUGGUGAAUUGCAGGAAUUCCAACAGCUGCAGCAACAACAACAGCAGCAACAGCAAUGACCCUUGCGUUCAUCGCGGGCUUUCUCGGGGGGAUCGGGGCACCCGCAGCAACAAUUACAACAGCAGCAGUCCCAAGGGGACUGCCGAGUGACUUUGCCGCAUUUUUGCAAGGUGCUGAAUCCAGGGAGAAAAUACUAAGCUUUUUGUGUGUGCAUGUGUAAAAGCACUCUUUGUUAGGGGUUUUGGUUUUUGAUAAUAAGCAUGGUAUGUCGUGUUAUGGGGAAUUGUUGGUUAUUGUAUGUACUUUUGCAAGUGGUCAUAACUUGGGUUGUUGAUCAAUAUUAGCGGUGCACACAUGAAGACAUUAACAGAUAGAUUUAUAUAUUCAAGAGUAAAAAGUGGACUUUCACUGUUAGUAUCAAAAGGUGUAGGAAUUAUACGAGAUAGAAGAAUUAGCUUUAAAGCUAAAAACUAAAAUUUACUAUCAAAAACUUAGAAACUUUCGCUAGAAAAAUGGGUCUCAAUAUGUUAGAUCGUUUGACUGCGAAACGCUUAGCUUAGAAACGUUAGACUUGAAUGAUGUAUUGCACUUGAACUUGAUCUCGAAUAAAGUUUAUUGUCGCAUAUUGGAACAAAUUAACGAGGAUUUGAAUUCUACGGUCAAGUGGUCUUUACUCUCACCAUCUGCAGUAGUCAGCUUCAGAAUGUAAAGUUUUCUACAUACCUACUUCCUAAACCAGACACAUUCGGAAAUGCAACAAAGUAAUUAGGUCGCGGUACAAGUUUCAUAAAAAAUUGAGAGGACUGAUAAAAAGUUCAACAAUAGUAGCAAACAGUUUGUUAAUGAAAGUGCUUCUCAUAUUUGUUCAGAUUUUAGAGUAAGUAUUAUCACUCUUCUUGGGUUAUCAAUCAUUGAUUAUUUCGAGAAUUACAUUUAUAGCUAUUUAUUCGUCCGAUUCUUUUGAUAUUUGAAAAUAAAUACGAAUAUUUACUACCGAAUACUUUCGACCGUAUUGGUUGCCUACUUGUAAGUGUUACUUAAAUUGUAAAUGCUCUAGUUGAUAAACCUACAGAUGUUGAUACGUUUCAAAAUUCCAACACUUCGAAUGUAAGUGUGAGGGAUAAAUGCCUCCGACAAAAAUUUUGAAGAUAACGAGUUAAAUGCAUCAUUCGAUGCCAUCAGAAGUCGAAUGAAAAUCUAGUAGACUCAGUGGUAAUACCUUAUUUACCUACAAAAAGUAUUGGCGAACAAAUUUGUUGUGCAGUGAAUCUGAUGGUUGAUAUAUUUAUCUGUAUUAAUGGCUGAAAGCAAUUUUUCCAUCUCUGGUUUCAAACCAUAUAUCUUACUAUGUGUAGCUAAAACUAAAAAAAAAAUGCGAAAAGGUACUAUUGAAUCUGAUAGUCGGAUGAGCCUAGCCAGAUCCAUCAGAUUUAAAACAAUGACUAAACUUUGGAAACAUCUACAGCAACCAUUCCAUCAUUAACCAUUCCUUCUGAAUAGUUCGGCAUACAGCAUAAAUUAAAGCACAAUAGGAAAUAACCAAUAAUUCCUACACACACGAUUCGGUUACAUAUCAACAGUAUGACCAAGUUAAGCGAGAAAGCGCCUUUAUUGUUUAGUAAUGUGAAAACGGGCAUACUCUGCAGCUGAAUCUACUAAUAUAUGAUAAAAUUAGAAUGGUAGCUCCUACUAUUAACCAGUGCUAAGACGAGAAUGUUAGAUGAACCAAUAAAAUCUGAUAAAAAAUAGCAACAAUAAUCAAAUCCGCCAUGGCAAAGCGUUAGAACGAAUUCUACCAGUCCUAAACCCAGGAGUAUACAGCGGGAUUAUAUUUGUGAAAUUCAUUUUAGAACGAAAAACCAAACUGUUAAACAUGAGGGUCCUAUACACCAAACUUACAAACAAAAAGUGAACAACCAAACCAUAAAUUAGCAUACUCUAAAGUAUAGCGUAGUGUAUGUUACUAAAAAGUUAGUGUACUACUUCCAGAGAACUUUAGACCGAGAUUUUUUGACUGAACCUUUGAGUAAAGAUAACCAACGAGAAAACGCAUAAAGCUUAGGCUAGGCGUCGGAUAUAAUUUCAUUUACACUGCGCAUUCCUGGGAUAUCGAAAGUUUUCUAUAUCGUGGAAAUAAACAAAGCUGCGAGUUAAACUUAAUGAGUCUGCAUUAGCUGCAUUUACUCGUAAUUAGUAUCUUGUUUUCUUUUACUUGCACCAACCUAUUGUUUUGUUAGUUUUUCUUCCCAACAGGUUGCUUUUUUGGCAAUGCAAAAGGCCAUUCUUAUUAUAUCUUCAACUAUUGUUCCAACACUAAAACUUGUUGAUAAUCAUUUUCCGUCUUUCAACGAGAGCCUGUUAUGAGUAGAAUGACAGUUUAGUAACAGUCAAAUUUGUUUUUUUUUUCUUUUCUAUGCAGAAAUAUUUAUUAGUUUGUAUUAAACGAUUCAAAAUUUUAGGUGACGAAAAAGAACCAGUCACACCAUAAUCAAAAGUUGAAUCUUUCGUUAGGGGCAUAGCAGUAUUUCCGUGAAAAUCAAUAUCAGCUUUGGUUUGUUUCCUGAACUUCUAGUGUCAGUUAGACAACACAAUCAUAACAUUAAAUUAAGUACUGAUCAAUCAAUCAUAUGCGAUUCAAGUACAGCAUACCGCGUCAGGACCGAAAUAACGAAAAAAGUAUAUGCAAUCACAGAUCCAUAGCUGCACUUCCGAUAAAUGCAGUUCUUUUCACAAAGCAACCCAAUCUUGAACAGUUGUACAUGAUGUAAUGUUAUCAACCCAAAUGCAGAUAUUUUACGCUUCAGGUAUCAUAUACAUAUAUAUGGUGAAAGUAACUACGUAUGGCAGUGUAUUUAGGUCUAAACCUUAUUAACACAAAAAUAAAACAAAGAUGACUUUUUCCUAAGAGACAAAUUAAAUAAAAUCCAAGAUAAAUGACUAACUGUGUGACUAUAAACCAAAAUAAACUAAAUGAAUGUCAGUAAAAAGCCUUUCUUUAAUUUAAACAAU